AUGGUCAGCGUUGGACUCCCCUGGAAAGCUACCCCGACUAGCCGCAUUGUUCACCUCGCGCAAGUUGUUUUGCAAUUUACCGCUGCUGUGAUUGCCAUUGGUCUCAAUGCUUCAGAUAUAGUUGAUGGCCCUACGAAUACUGGUGCUUCGGUCUAUGCUAUCGUCAUCGGUUCUCUAUCUACACUGACAGCGAUAUUGUUUGCAAUCGAUAUCCUCAUCCCAUUCCCCAGCCGGCUUUGGCUCCUUUGGGUCUUGUUCUGGCAAUGGGUUCUCACUUUCGCCUGGACAGGUGUGAUUGCGGCAUUUCGCGGGAAGGAUUUCGACAACCGAUCUACGCAGAUCCAGGUCACCGCUGGGUUUAACAUUGCCAACAUGUUGCUAUGGCUGACAGGCUCCGCAUUUGGAACCAUUACAAUGUGCUUCAGGAGGAAGCUAGGGGGAGGAAAGCCGGAUGAUGCGAGUUCCUCCCAUGAUCUGCCAGAGCAUUCAGGCUGA